AUGGAUCGCGGAUCAAUCUACUCCACUCACGUGUACGAGCCAAGCUUUGGUGAGAAUGGUGAUACUCGACUGCAGCUUCAAACGCAGCUCGAAACAUUCAUCCUUGACUUCAGACUUGACAACAACUUUGUCUACAGAGAUCAGCUACGAGAGAAUGCUCUUCUUAAGCGGUACUUCUGUGAUGUCAACAUCAACGAUUUGAUCAGCUUCAACGAGGAACUGGCACAUCUGCUGGCAUCUGAGCCAGCUGAGAUCAUCCCUCUGUUCGAGAAUGCACUGAAAAAAUGUACUCACCGCAUUGUCUUCCCUCACGAGCCCAAGGUCGAGAUUCCUGACCACCAGCUCCUCCUUCACUCAAAUGCCGACGACGUCUCGAUCCGCAAUCUCGAUUCCAUGACUAUCGCGAAACUGGUACGGGUACCAGGUAUUGUUAUUGGUGCCUCUGUCAUGUCCUCAAAAGCGACCGCACUCCAUAUUCAAUGCCGUAACUGCGGGCACACACAAAACCUUCCUAUCCUGGGUGGCUUCACCGGUGUCACCUUGCCCCGACAAUGCGCACGUAGCCGAGUUCCAAACGACCCGACACCAAAAUGUCCUAUGGACCCCUACUUCGUGGUCCACGAGAAGUCUGGCUUUGUCGACCAGCAAAUUAUCAAACUUCAAGAAGCGCCCGACCAGGUUCCUGUCGGAGAACUGCCUCGACACGUUCUUAUUUCCGCUGAUAGAUACCUUACAAAUAGAGUUGUUCCCGGAUCGAGAUGCACUGUUAUGGGCAUCUUCUCGAUCUACCAGAACAAGGCCUCUAAGAACUCGUCCAAUGGCGGUGCUGUGGCCAUUCGUACCCCUUAUCUGAGGGCGGUCGGAAUCCAAACAGAUAUUGACCAAGCAGCCAAGGGAAACGCCACUUUCUCCGAAGAAGAAGAACAGGAAUUCUUGGAGCUCAGCAGACGGCCUGAUAUCUACGACGUUAUGACCGAUUGCAUCGCCCCCUCUAUUUACGGAAACCGCGAUAUUAAGAAGUCAAUUCUUUGCCUACUAUUAGGUGGCUCAAAGAAGAUCCUUCCCGACGGCAUGAAGCUAAGAGGUGAUAUCAACGUAUUGCUUCUUGGUGACCCUGGUACAGCCAAGUCUCAGCUUCUUAAGUUCGUCGAGAAAGCAGCUCCCAUCUCCAUCUACACCUCAGGAAAGGGUUCUUCCGCCGCAGGUUUGACAGCCUCCGUUCAGCGUGAUCAUUCUACUCGCGAGUUUUAUCUCGAAGGUGGUGCUAUGGUCCUGGCCGAUGGUGGUGUAGUGUGUAUCGAUGAGUUUGAUAAGAUGAGAGACGAAGAUCGAGUGGCCAUCCACGAAGCUAUGGAACAGCAAACUAUUUCCAUCGCCAAGGCGGGUAUCACUACCAUUCUCAACGCACGGACAUCAGUUUUGGCUGCUGCCAACCCUAUCUUUGGUCGAUAUGAUGACAUGAAGACCCCUGGAGAGAACAUUGACUUCCAGACAACCAUUCUGUCACGUUUCGACAUGAUUUACAUUGUCAAGGAUGAGCACAGUCGUGAAAAGGAUGAGACAAUGGCCAAGCACGUUCUCAGUAUCCAAAUGAACGGUCGAGGAGCCGAGGAUAUGGCUGAGUCUGAAAUUCCUAUCGACAAGAUGCGAAGAUACAUCACCUACUGCAAGACCCGUUGUGCUCCCAGACUUAGUCCUGAAGCCGCUGAGAAGCUUUCUUCUCACUUUGUCUCCAUCCGUCGCCAGGUUCACGCUGCUGAGAUUGAGGCAAACUCUCGUUCUUCUAUUCCCAUUACCGUCCGUCAGCUCGAGGCUAUUGUUCGUAUUACCGAGUCUCUUGCUAAGCUUACCCUCUCUCCUAUCGCUACAGAGACGCAUGUCGAUGAGGCCAUUCGUCUUUUCCUGUGCUCCACCAUGGAUGCCGUCAAUCAAGGCAGCAACCAGGGUAGUCGUGAGUUGAAUGACGAAGUCAACCGCCUUGAGACAGAGCUCAAGCGCCGUCUGCCUAUCGGCUGGAGUACUAGCUUGUCUACACUAAAGAAGGAGAUGGUCGAAGGCAAGGGAUACAGUGAACAGGCGCUCAACCGGGCGUUGAUGGUUCUCCAACGGAGAGAUACAAUCAUGUUCAGAAACCAAGGUGCACAAGUGUACAGAAAUGGAGCUUAA